AUGGCCGCUGCAGAUGACAACUUGUGGUACAGUUCAUCCCCUAAUGGAAGUAGUUUCUAUGACAACAGUUUUAUUGAAUCCCAAUCAAAGAAUGUCAAUGUAAAGAAGAAUCAUCAUGCUAUUGAAUUACUGGCAGCUAUGAAAGAUAUGAAAGAUGAGAGUGACUUGAUUGAUUUGAACAUCCAAGUAGGUAAUAGGAUUGUUAAGUGCCACAAGGCCUUGUUGGUUGCUGGCAGUCCGUAUUAUGAUGAUAAUAUAAGUGGAGAAGUGAAUCAAGAAACACUUGGUGUUGUUGAAAAGGUACUGGGAUCAGACAUCGUGCAUCACAUCAUAAAUUACAUCUACACGGGAUCUUUAUUGAUCACCAAAGACAACGCAUCCAAUUUGCUGCAAGCUUGUUAUCAACACAAUAUUUUCCGUGGUAAAGCUGUUGAAAGUGCAGUUAGUGAUUUUCUGGCCAGGCAAACACUUAAUACAUGUAAGAACAUCGAAGAAUCAGAAUAUAAAUUUGAUGAGUUUCAUUUUGCUUCUGAAAUACUGAAAAUUCUUAAUCAGCAAAGGAGCGAUGAAAUGCUAACAGAUAUUGUUAUUGCAGUUGGUGAUCAGGAGUUCCCUUGUCAUAAGUUUGUGUUGGCUGCUACAAGUGCAUACUUCAAAGCAAUGUUUUCUAGUAAGAUGCGAGAAACUUAUGAGGGAACAGUUUCACUUGAAGGCCUGCAUCCAAGCAUCAUGAAAAUCUUGGUUAACUUCACAUAUACUGGAAAACUAACGAUUAAUUGUGAGAAUGUUCAAGAGAUUUUAAGAACCGCUUGUUAUUUGCAGCACCAAUCAGCAAUGGCUGCCUGCACAGAAUUCGUGAAAGAUGAACUUCACCCUUCAAAUUGUUUGGGAAUUUUACAGUUUGCAAUAACUGUUGGAUGUCAACAACUGUGUGAAACAGCCAUGGCUUAUUCUCUUCAUCAUUUUGUAGAUUUGCAAAAGUUUGAAGAAUUCAAAGAAACAACGUUUCAGAUUAUUUGCCAGCUCAUUGAUGAUGAUGAUUUAAAUGUCCCGAAGGAAGAAGAUGUUUAUACAGCAGUGAUGAUGUGGAUAGAAUACGACAGUGAAAAUAGACAGUACUUCUUGAGUGAAUUGCUCAAAAGAAUACGGUUAACUUUAGUGGAUGCAUCAUUUAUGGAACAGAUUGAGAAUGACCCGCUUAUCCUUGGAUGCCCAUGUGCUAUUCAGAUUGUCAAUAAGAUAAAGAAUUUAAGGCAUGCACUCCACAAAGGGGAGAAAGUUCGGGACAGGCGAAUGAAGUUACGAUUCUCAAUGAAGACAGAAAUUCUGGUUACUGUCUGUGGCUUCACUGACAAUCAACAGUGGGUACGCAAUGUGCGAUAUUACAAUCCUGACAAUGGACUGUGGAAUGAGUUGGCCCCAUUUCCUGGCCGUAAUCAACGAUUUCAAUGUGUGGCUGUUGAUAAUGAUAUCUACGUCAUUGGAGGGCAGGCAGAUCACCAUGCAGCUCAUUUAUCAGAAACUUUAUCUGAUGUUUGGAAGUAUAGCUCUAUUACUGAUACGUGGACUCAAGUCACAAGUUUAAACAAACCAAGACAUGGUCAUGGAGCAGCAGUACUUAAUGGAAAGAUCUAUGUUGUGGGAGGAAAGAUUGGAUGGUCCAAGAAAUUCAACGAUGUUGAAAGAUACGAUCCGCAGUUAAAUAUAUGGACAACAAUUGGGCGGAUCAAAGGGCACUUUGUAGAGAAACCUACUGCUGUUGCACAUGAUGGAAAGCUUUACAUCAAGGGGUAUUUUUACCGCGAUCCUGAUAUGUUAUAUUGCUUUGAUCCAAGUACUAACACUUGGAGUCAAACAAUUGUAAAUCAUUGUAUCCAUGGUGAUGGAGUUGAAAAUGCUUAUACUAUUAAUGAUCAUAUUUAUUAUUUGAUUUACCGUGGUUUUGAUAAUUGUAUCAGCGCUUACCAUGUGCCUUCAUCUACUCACGUGCUGGGCAGUGUGAUGCCGGGGGGGAAAUACCUACACUCCUAUGGUAUGUCAAAUAUUGGUCAAAAUAUUGUAGUAACUGGAGGUAGUCGAUUAGAUGCAGGAAUUAAUAUUCCCUAUGUGGAUUGCUAUAAUCCCGAGAUUAACUCGUGGAUUAGAAUAGCAGUUAUGCCUUUACCGCUCUGUGAACAUGGAUGUGUCACAAUCCAUAAAUACAUACCUAAUUUCCAUGGUGAUUAG